AUGGUGGAGCGCUCGGACGAGGCGCCGCUGCUGUUCUGGGCCGAGGGCCCCGCCGUGUCGGCGCCGCCGCCCGCGGCCGAGCCGGGCGGCAGCAGCAGCAGCAGUGGCAGCGGCGGCGGCGGGAGCGGCGGGCGGCGGCUCGGCGGCGGCUGGAGCGCGGCUCCGUGGGACGGCGAGGGGCCGGCGGAGGCGGCGGGGCCGCAGCGGGCCGAGGCGGAGGAGGACCAGAUCGUGGCCGUCUUCGUGGUCACCUUCGAUCCCCGCACGGGCAACAUGGUGGAAUGGUGUUUACCCCAAGAUAUAGAUUUGGAAGGUGUGGAAUUCAAAUCCAUGGCAAGUGGGUCCCACAAAAUCCAGUCAGAUUUCAUUUAUUUCAGGAAGGGGCUCUGUUUUGGCCUGGCCUGCUUUGCCAACAUGCCUGUGGAGAGUGAGUUGGAGCGUGGUGCCCGCAUGAAGUCCGUGGGCAUCCUCUCCCCUUCCUACACACUGCUCUAUAGGUACAUGCACUUCCUGGAGAACCAGGUCAGACACCAGCUGGAAAUGCCAGGGCACUACUCCCAUCUAGAGGCAUUCUAUGAUGACAAGAAAGGAGUUCUCCCUGAUAGCAAGGGCACCCCCAGCUCUCAGCAACCUGUCCACUGGCUGCCUUCCAUCCACAGAUACAUGUACCCAGAGAUGAAGAUCACACACCCUGCUGGCUGUAUGUCUCAGUUCAUCAAAUUCUUCGGUGAGCAGAUCCUCGUCCUCUGGAAGUUUGCCCUGCUGCGCAAGCGCAUACUGAUAUUUUCACCACCCCCAGUUGGAGUUGUCUGCUACAGAGUGUAUUGCUGCUGUUGCCUUGCAAAUGUUUCUCUGCCUGGUCUUGGAGGAACUGUCCCAGAGUCCAAACCAUUCUUCUAUGUGAAUGUGGCAGACAUAGAAAUGCUGGAGACAGAAGUAUCAUACGUGGCCUGUACAACAGAAAAGAUCUUUGAGCAGAAGCGAGAUCUCUAUGAUGUCUACGUGGACAACCAGAAUGUGAAGACGCAUCACGAACAUCUGCAGCCACUCCUGAAAAUUAACAAUGCUGACAAGGAGAAGUACCGACGGCUCAAUGACCAAAGGCAGAUGUUAAUGUAUUCUCAAGAAGUGGGUGAAGAUUGCAGCUCUUGUGAAGAGGACCUUUUUAUCUUGUUUUUCAUGGAGCAGAACAACCGCAUAUUCCAGACGCUGCUGGAGGUGUCCGCCAGCCAGGACAAGACCCUGACAGCUGAGCACGCACGGGGCAUGGGCCUGGACCCCCAGGGGGAUCGCAGCUUCCUCAUGGACCUCCUGGAAGUGUAUGGCAUCGAUGUCAUGCUAGUCAUUGACAACCCCUGCUGCACUUAAACCAAGGGCAAGAGACUUGGGGAGCAAAGAUCACUUUUUAAAGACUACUGGACAUUGCUUAGGAGGAUCACUGGAACUCACCACAGCCACAGUUAUUUAAUAACUUUAUAUGGAGAGUAUUUAUAAUUUUAAAACAAAAUGUGAUUGUAUUUUCUCACACUCAACUUCCCAGUGAGUACCUGCUCUAAGGUUCCUUUUGAUUUUGUCUCCCUUUCCCUUUCAUUUGUGUUUUUUUGUUUUGUCUAGCUAGGACCAGUGGCACCUUUGCACCAAACCUCACUGUUGCCAGUGAUAGCUAGGUUUUGGCCUAGCCUGGAUACCUGAGGGCUGAAGACUUCAGGAAAGCACUUUGUUUGAUGACAACCAAUGUGAAAUGCUUCAGCUGAGCUUUCAGACCUGGCUGGAAAAUCCUCCUAUCAACUGCCCCUUCCACUUGGGGACUGAAGAGGGCUUUAGCACAAGCUGUUAAUGGCCCAGUCUCAUAAACAGCUCCUACCAAGUUUAUUGGUGGGGACAGUUAAACCAAUGAUAAGAACAGAACCAGGACUCCUUUAAACAUUCCUCACCCAACUUUAAGGUGAAUUGGAGCCAAGCCACCUUUCCUUGUAAAUGUCAGAAGCAAGUUUGGGACCGGGGAUGCUACAGGAUCUUCUGACUUUGCUUACUGGAGCAGCAGUUUCACUUCCAGCACCUGAGGUGCUCUAAACUGGUAGAGACUGCACCUACCUUCUCACAGAUAGAGAAGAGCACCUCUCUCCUCAGUCCAUCCCACCACCACCUUUGGCUUCAGUUGCAUCCCACCUGCUGCUUUGGUUUAAAAUCUUCAAACCAGCAAGAUGGUCUCCCAUUUAACAGGGACCAACACCACUGAGCCACUUUGCAGUCACUUUGUUGUCCAGCCUCAGCUCUGACAGUGCUGGGCUGGAGGGGGUAGAAUAAGAAUGCUUUAACCACUGUCACUAGCCCUUCCUUUGUAGCUGAUGGGACUUGUUGCUCCUUUGCUUUAACACUGUCUGCCAAUCCUCCUUUUGUUGAGCCUUCAGCACUGCCUGCUGCUAUCCCUGGCUUUCUGUGUGAGACAGAGAACAGACCUUUCAGCUGGAACAACUGAAGGUUGCAGGAGGUUCCCUUGGAGUUUGGUAUUCUUAUCUAGCACAGCUGCUAGGAGCAAUGUUUAAAACCAAGUCUGUCUCUUUUUCUGAGCAGAGCUGUAGAACCAGAUGAAACAGAUGUUUUCUCAUGCUGUUGAAAGAACAGGAUUCAGUUCCUGAAGGACUAGUCAUUACCUCCAAGAAGGCUAUUCCAGUAAAGAGUAACCCCUUGGCUAUACAAAAUCCAAGAAUGCUGCUGUGGGUUUCGUGUGUGACAUACAGCUUUGCUCCAAAUCCUUCAGCCAGUAGCAAUAUCAGCUUUAAGCUGACUGUUCUUCCUGAACUGUGGCUAUAGCUGAUUAGUUGCUGCUUCUAUCAUUACAGAUUUCAGCACCCUUGGAGGGCUUUCUGUGCACUGCAGGAAUGCAACCUGUAGCUGAUGUAUCCAUUUGUCCCAGCAUUUUAUAGGAUGAGACAGAGCCUGAACCACUCUAAAGCAGGCAAGCACCUUUUUGAAACAGGUGAAGCAAAUGUUCUCCAAGCACACCCUCUGUGGAUUGUCUUCCUCUGGAAAGGAGGAGGCAAUUGUUCUUGCAAUUUGCCUGUCUCUGAGCAGUCACUCCCCUAGGUGCUUUUUCAAGGCUUUGGGAUGUUUUUGUACAGAAGAAAAUAUGCUGUUGUUCAUACUAUCAAUUGCUCACAACAACUGGAACAUCAUCCUUAGAAGGUUGGGGAAAAAAAUGUAGAAAGAGGUAAAAACAACUGAGUAUCAUUUAAUGGAAAGAGCAGUCUCUUUUCCUUAAGAAAUGGCUUUGUUUUUAAAUUGACACCUGAAGUAUAAAAGUGGCCCACAACCUC